CCGAUAAUCCCCGCCCCCCCCCCCCCUCCACACCCCCCUCCCCUCGCCCCACUCGCGAUCGCGCUUCAGCUUCCUGGGCCGGCUCCGCUCCGCCGGACACCCCCGCAGCCAGGACCCCCCCCCCCCACGCGUGACCGGGGUGCACGGCGUGGGAGAAAGCAUCGCCUCCCCCCUCAGCCCCUCAAACUGUAGAUGGAGCCAGAAAGGGCCCCCCAAAACCAGGACACGGAGGAGGGGGGUGACCCCCACGCAGACACGGGGGAUCCACCACCGCCCCCCGCAACGGGAAGCCAAGCGGGGGAUUUGGGGGUGCCCCCACCCCACGGCCGCCCCUACGGAUGCCGCGAGUGCGGGAAAGGUUUCGGUAGCAGUUCGGCCUUAUUAACCCAUCGGCGGGUCCACACGGGCCAAAAACCUUACAAACGCCCCGAAUGCGGCGAUCGGUUCAGCCAAAACUCCGCCUUGGCGGCUCAUCGGCGGGUCCACAGGGGCCAAAAACCCUACAGGCGCCCCGAAGGCGGGAGGGAUUUCGGUCACGCUUCGACGCCGGUUAAACAUCGCCGGAUCCACACGGGGGAAAAACCCGACGUCUGCGAAGAAUGCGGGAAGAGGUUCAGCAUCCCAGCGACCCGUAUCCGACGGCGGAAAACCCAGGCGGGCGAGCGGCCCCACCGGUGUCCCCGCUGCGGGAAGGGCUUCGCGGAGAGCUCCAGCCUGGCGACCCAUCAGCGCAUCCACAGGGGCCAGCGGCCCUACAGCUGCCCCCGCUGCGGGAAGGGCUUUUACCGGAGCUCGGAUCUCACCCGGCACCGCCGGGCCCCCGCCGGGCAGCGCCUAAAAUGAUGGGGGACACACACACACACACGCACACAGGCGAGGUGGCCCCGUCUUCCGAGCCCCGUGCCACCAGCGACGCGUCCCCCGGCUCCUCGUGGCUCGUGAAACGGCGUCAGCUCAGGAACCGCUUCGCUUCCGUUCCAAUUGAGUACAUUUAAUUUUUA